UCGCCGUCUCGCUUGACGAGGUUGGUGGCAUCUUUGGGGUACUCGAGCUCGUAGCGUGGCAUUUUGUACGUGUUUAGCAAAGUGUCGGAGAGAUGUUGCAGUAGGUUGGGUUUGGCGUUGAGAUGCAAAUGCUUGGCAGAUAGCCGAGACCAGGGUUUUUAUAGACAUUCCUAUUCGCAAUCGAUUGCAAUUAGCAACCAACAUGGCAUGUUAAUAACCCGGUGUAAAUACGCCCUAUCGUAAGGACCAAAAAUGCCGACUCCCGGCCACACAGAGACAGUGUCGGUAUCCGCGGAAUCGCGAUGGAGACGUCUGCGUGAUGGUCACGACCCCAGAAGCGAGUGAUCCAUAAUUCUAUAUUUCCGAAACCGGUAUUUACAAACACGAUUGGACGAAUGAUGUGCUUGCUAAUACCAAUAGCUUGCGUGGUACUCGGAUGUUUGCCGUAUCCUAUGCGAGCUUCCAAUCGAGUCGAAUGCAACGCGCGGACCUCCGCUGUGGAACCUUAUCCUUGUCAAUGCUAACGGCCUCUCGAUCUGAUUAGAUCCCAUUUCUAUAGGCGUCCAUAUAAAUAAAUGGCGAUGAAGGAAGCAACGGUAAAGUUGCGCGGAACAUGAGCUCAGGCGAGAGUCGCCGUAUUGACCAGCGCACGGCUGUCGCAGCUGUGACAGCUGGCAGGACCUAAGUGGCAGCUGGCGCAGAGCUUGAUGGCUCAAACCCCCAACCCUGUUGUCAACUUCCCUACCGACAAAUGUUUUCAUCCAUGACACUUUUUUUCUCUCAACACUGAUGUUAUUUUACCAUCGAAUUUACUCUCGCCAUUAAAUUACUGCCUAAUCCAGGCCGAAGACAUACAACGUAUCGCAUGUACCUGACUCGAGAGGCGGCAGAUGCAGGUCGCUCUGCAUGCAUCAAACAAUCAGCCGUGGGUCGCAUCCCAUGCCCAGUGCGGACGGCAGCAUUGUCGAUCAACCAAGAAAGCGGCGAAUACUGUGACAUUGGCCCGCUGAGUGUUGUGGCGUGCCACCGAGUGUAGCACACUCAUGCAGUACGGCGGGCGUAGCAGCACUCGCCUGCAACGAUUACUCUAUGUUGGUGGCUACUUGAGGGUCAUUCUGUAACUUCCACAGUUGGAGACGCGGGGUAAGCACAAUAUGUUAUUCUACAGUGUAGAAGCAACAGAUAUGAGGUUACAUUGAGAGAUUUUUGAACGAGGCAGCGAGUUAUUUCGGUGAGGAAGGGGCUGGCUACCAUGCGCACGGCUGCAGGUCAUCCUCAACGACGUCUUGGUAGUGUGAGUGACAAGGGUAUUAAAGCCAGCCGCAAUUACAGGCGGCCUCACGCAGCGACCAUUAAAGUCGUCUGGUCUUCAACCGUCCGGUGUUUAUACAAGGGACUCUUCUCGCCUAUCGUUACAAUUCUACCUUUCACUACAAAAUGGCGACCGAUAGUUAUUCAUCAGUGUGCGCAGAUGUGUAUAGGGCCAUAUCUGCCAAGCUGGAGAGAAAGAAUGAUGAUGCUCGUCGAUUUGCACCUAGAGGAACAAUCCGCGGUCUAUUUCAAAAAAACAACCAUGCGCUUCUCAGACGCAUCUUCAAGACCUUGUCAGCGGAAUUCGACUCUGAUGACCCUCUUACGAUAGCCGACGAAGAUAUUGACACAUACAUCGAACGUGUCGAAACAAGGAAACUAUCAACUUUGAUUGGAACUGUCAUCUUUACUGCCUGUUCUGCAGGGGCUACGAGAGCCGUUGUCCGACAUUUUAUCGUUCCUAAAAUUCUGACCGCCGCUGAAGCAAGACAUGGGCAGCUUCCAUUGUCUCAAAGUCUACUUCGCCGUCUGUUCCAAGAUACCAAUGAUAUUGACAGAUUUGCUAACCAACAAACAUGCUUCUGUCCAGUCAUCAUUUAUGAGGGGGAGGCUAAUCGUUAUGACCUGCAAGACGGCCGCUUACCAUACAUUUCGGAAGAGAUACAAGGCGAAGGCUCAUUUGGCAAGGUUUUCCGCAUAGAGGUGGCCAAAAACCAUUUUAGAAGUCGCAAAGGAACAAGCCGGGUGCCUCCUCAAGUCAUGGCUCGGAAGGACUACGACAAGAGCGAUCUGGGACCUAAGCCAGAAGUCGAAUUUAACAUCAUGAAGCAAAUCAUUGAGUCUCCUCUGAAGCACGAUAAUGUUUUACAAAGCUUAGGAUUCCUGCAAAUCGGAACUAUGUACAGUCUUUUCAUGCCCCUCGCUUCGUUCGACCUUCUGAGCUACAUGAACAAUCACCCAAAUGCACCGAAACAGAUUUCUGCUAAAAUGGAUUUUCUCGAAUCUGCCGCCGGGCUUGCCAAAGGUCUAAAUCACCUUCAUACUGGAAUCGAAACACGCGAUGGCAAAACCAUGGUAUGCUACCACAUGGACUUGAAUCCGUCCAACAUUCUACUAUUCCCAGAAGGUCACCGCUGGAUCUGGAAGAUCAGUGACUUUGGCAUGUCCAAGAUUAAGACGUUGAGCCAUAACAACACUGAUUCGUCGCCACGGGACUUCAACAGCUUUUUCAAGCGCAGGCGGCCAGUCAAUCCAUCUCCACCACCAACCGCAAACCGCCGUGGGGAUGGGACAUACCUCGCCCCAGAGGCCACAUUCACAAAUCCCUCUAUGAAGGCUGGAAGUGAUGUUUGGGCUCUGGGUUGUGUCAUAAGUGUUCUUCUCACAUAUAUGGAUGGAGGUCAGGAUGCUAUUCUCAAAUACGAAAAUGCUCGUUUGAAACCGCCCAGGGCAGCACGCUUUGAUCGUUUCUUUUUUGCUGGCCAGCAGUUCAGCUCACCAACGAUCAACUCAGAAGUCAUCUCUUGGCACAGACAAUUGGAGGUCAAUGCCCAGCGCCGCAGUUCUGUAGAGAGAAAUGUUGUACGCACUUUGCGCAAAUUUCUUGAAGAAAAAGUACUUCUAAUGAAUAUAGGUGAUAGAUGCAGCGCUGGCGAUAUUGCCAAAUAUCUAGAAACAGCUAAAGAAGAACUUCAAACUGCGGAUGCUCCACAUGGAAAUAUCCCACCACGAUCCGAACCCAUUGAACGAAUUAGCCGUCUUUUUGACGGAGUCAGUGAUAGAGUUAGGAGCCGUUCAAGAAACAACCUCGUAAAGGUAGAACAAACAAGGCCAACUUCACUACCAUCAUCCGAUUUCAAAGGAUGUGCCUUUGCUCCUGAUGGCAGCUUUCUCGUCUAUUGGACAGAUAGUGAACUCACGCUAUACACUGAAGCUUCAUUAUCGUUUACUCCAGGAGCCCAAUUAAGAGACCCUGGCACGUGGUGUCCAGAUGAUCAUUCGAGAUCAAACGGGGAGCAUCUGACAUUGAAACAUGUAUGCAUAACAGAUCGCUAUCUCAUUGCUUCGAUAGUCGGACGAAGUUAUGUCUAUAUUUUCAAUAUCCCCGACGGCCGCUGGAGUAGUGAUGCCCUUCAAUGCUUUUCCCGCCUACCCAUCGACUUCCCCGGCGCGGAUGCUGUUGCCAUAUCCCCAAACAACCAGACAUUUGUUUUUGUGGCACGCAAUAGAACAUCUAUCAAUGGAAAUGCAACAUUGGUUUAUCUGCAGAUGCCCGAUGUUCUUGAAUUUCUCAACCCCCCUGAAAGCGACGGUCCUCCGCGUAUACCAAUUCUGCGGCCUGUUGAGGUUGACCUUAGCUGGCCUGCCUCCGAAGUUUCAGAGCUGUCUGUUUUAGACACAAAAGACGUGUAUUUUGUGGUAAAACAAAGACUGACUCUCCGAAGCCGUAACCUUGUGGCGCCAGUCGUCCAUGUGUCACUCAACCAGACGCGCAAUCCACCAGUAGCGAAUAUUUUCACCUUGAAGAUGGAUCCUCAAGGCUUCGACGUUUCCACUACAGCUGGAUUCUUUUCUACGUUUUGCUUAUUGAAGAACUCCAAGUUGAAUUGUGCGGUCGUCACAAGAACGAAAAAAUUGCAUAUCGAAUCUUUUUCAACGGAUUCAAAUGCCCAUAAAUCGGAAUGGGACAUUCUUGACUAUCGUAUUACUAAACUGGUUUGCAGUGGCCAAGAUAGAACGCUGCUGGCUUUAGGAUAUAAGUCAUCUGAUAGAAAAAUGAUGCUAAUCCGCAUGCAAAUUCGAUCAAAGCUCUCAGUUACAGCGUUGUGUGUCCUACCCGGACUCAUAAUGGGAGAUGAGGUUUCGGUUAUCAAAGAGAGCAUGGAGGAUAUGGACAAAGUCCUUAUUACUUCGUUUACCGGCGCCAGCCGCGCAACAGUCUACAAGGUCGAGGUUCCUCAUUCGUCUUAAUUAGCGACAUAUAUUAUCGUUCUCUUGUCCUUCAACUAUUUUAUACUCUCUGCGACGCGCUAUCGCUUCUAUUUAAAGUCAUCUUUCGGGCCAGCCACUUGCCCUUAGCUCGUAGUUCGAGGCGCCCCUUCCAAGAGAGCACCUUGUCAUUCUGGAUGAGCCAAAAAUACAACAUGACUGUUAUUCCAGUCAAUAGGCCCGUGCUCAGUAUAUAUAUCCAAACCAUGGAAGUACAAACAAUUCGGCUGUUUUCCUGGUCCAUAGCGAAAAAGUUCAUACCGAAAAAAGUCUGUUUGUGUUCCGCAUUAGAAAUUGCGAACUAUUCGUGAAAGGGACCAGCAGAAACUCACUGCUACAAAGGACGCCGGGGCGUACACAAGCGACAGCAUUGUGAUAAAGACGGCCGACUUAUUGAGCUCCAGCAUAUUGGCGUUCUGAAAGACGGCCGACUUGUUAAGCUCCAGCAUAGUGGCGUUCUGCUCCUUAGCUAUCUCUUGAUCUCGAAAAGCCAGCGUCUGAGCAAGCAGGGUAGACGACGACUUGAUGCGCUCCUCCAGAAAGUUGGCUACCCUAAAAUCUGCCGCACAUCGCCGUCGCAGAUUAUCUGUAGCAUUGAUGAGUCUUUCCGACACGGUAAUACUUUCUAUUACGUCUUUACGUGUUGCAAGAAAGUUUUUCAUUUCCACCAUAAGCUCUGUCGCCCCCGUAAGAAGUGUUGUGCUGGUGGUGACUCGAGCUAGGAUGCCGAGCAGGGAGCUGAGCUGUCCAUAGUCAAUCGGAAGCCUCUUAGUUUCGAUGUAUGAGACAAAGGUGCCAUUGUU